AUGCAAAUAUGUGAAGAAUUCGAACGAGAUCUAUGUCUUGGUAUAAUGCAAUUACUCAAAACUACCAUUGAAGCGACGAAUAGUCAUACAAAUUCAGAAAUAAAUUCGGUAUGGUUGAUAUUCAAUCUCAUGAUUGAUUCUUCAAUCAAAUUGCCAGAUCUUUGUUGGUUUAAUAUUUGUCAACAUUUAUCAGUAGGCGAAAUAGCUCAAUUAUCAUCAACAUGCCAAACGUCGCGUCAUAUGUUAUGGUCACGUGAAUCAUCUUUGUGGUUUUAUUUAAUUUAA